AUGUGUGAAAAAAAUCAAAACGGGACCCACUCACGCGCCGCUUGGUUACUCAUCGUCUCUCGCCUUUUCAUCGCAAAGCAAACCCAUCAAAGUUCUCCUUUAAAAAAAAAAAUUCGUUUUUUUUCUGCUCUCUCUCGCCGGUGCUCUCUCUCAGCUCUUUCGCCGGCAUUCUCUCCGGUAUCGCUUCUUCGCCUCUCAGAUCCGUCAGGAAUUGGAGUGUGCACCCAAAAAAAAAAACCAGUUCUUGGAUGUGCAAAUGAACAUUAUUCACAGAUGUUAUUUGCAGCAGAAGGAGGAGGAUUCUUCUCAUCAUCAGCUUCUGGGUAUAGCAACGGUUUAGCCCUUCUUCUACUAGGCCAGAAGAACGAGCAAAAACCUGUAAGAGUAUCACCAUGGAACCAUUAUCACUUGGUAGCUGUAGAAGCUGAUACCAAAUUUGAGUUAGCUUCGUCUAAGAACUGGAUCUCACGAGGCUGCACUUCGCUUAUAUGCUUUGGUGGCAAAGCCGAAAAACAGGAGGAUCCAUCUCCUAUCCGAGUCAAUCCUUCGGACUCUUCAGUUCAUCGAGAGGGGAAGAAAGAUGAUGCACCGAGUGCGGAAUAUAACUGUGAGGUAACUAAUAGGUUUGCACUUAAGAGCAGCCUGAAGAAAAGAUCAUUUAGCGAUGUUGUUGUUGCUGAUGCUGAUGAUGUGAGUAGAGACGGCGUGUUUGAUCACACAGACAGAAGGAAAGUUCAGUGGCCUGACACUUGCGGUAUUGAGAUUGCUGAGGUCAGAGAAUUUGAGCCUAGUGAAGUGGAUGAAUCAGACGACGAGUUUCAUCAUGGAAGUGGCAAAAGCUGUAUGUGCACAAUUAUGUGA